AUGCUUCGCCCAUACUGGACGGUAUGCCUGGCCGCUCUGACUGCCGCCAGUCUCAAAGAUCUCGCCAACUGCGACCCCCUCCGAAAAGAUAUGCGUAAUGAUCCUAUAGCACAAAAGUCUUUCCCAAAAGAAAAAAAGACCCGCAUCGAACCAUCAAAGCUAACUGUGCCAUCAGACUGCCCCCCUGACGCGGCGUUUGCCGGCAAGGCCUCGUUCGACUUCACCACGGCAAAGUGGGAAAACGUGCUCGACUUCUGGGCCGUGGACGAAGCGACGGCCAAGGACAAGAAGAGGCUCGACCUCGACACCGACGGCGACGGCGCCGCCAUGGGCAUGUGGAAGCCCGGCGACGCCCCAACCCUCGUCAGCAGCAAGUACCUGCUCUUUGGCAAAGUCAGCGUCACUCUGCGAGCCGCCAAGGGCAGCGGCCUCAUCACCGCCGUGGUGUUGAAGUCCGACUCUGGCGACGAAAUCGACUGGGAACUCCUCGGGGCGUACGACAACCAGGCGCAAACAAACUACUUCUACGACGGGCAGGCGCUGUUCAACACGUACAACGACACGUACGACCUGGCCGCGUCCAGCUUCGACGCCUUCCAGAAGUACUCCCUCGAGUGGACCGACCAGUUCCUCAGCUUCUCCGUCAACGACACCAUCCGCAAGGUGUGGUACGUCGGCGAGAUCCCGGCCGCCAAGUGGCCCCAGACGCCCAUGCAGGUGAAGCUGGGCGUGUGGUCCGUCAGCAACGACAGCGACCGCGGGGAAGUCGAAUGGGCCGGCGGCGUGCCCGACUGGGCGGCGGCCCCGUACAAGGGCUUCUUCAGGAGCGUCGAGGUCGAGGACUACACGGGCUUCUGCAACCGGACCGACGGCCACGUCGAGUACCAGUACGACGAGAGGACGGUGGGCUGGCAAAAGGUCAGGAUAGCCGGGUGCCGGGGCCGCCCGGGGCCGGAGCUGCCCACGCCCAGCCCCGUCCGUACCGGUGGCGCCACGGCCACCGAGACCGGCGAGGACGGCGGGCCGGAAAAGACGGGGGCGGGCGACGAUAACGGCGGGGGGGGGGGGGUGUGGUACGUCGGCGAGAUCCCGGCCGCCAAGUGGCCCCAGACGCCCAUGCAGGUGAAGCUGGGCGUGUGGUCCGUCAGCAACGACAGCGACCGCGGGGAAGUCGAAUGGGCCGGCGGCGUGCCCGACUGGGCGGCGGCCCCGUACAAGGGCUUCUUCAGGAGCGUCGAGGUCGAGGACUACACGGGCUUCUGCAACCGGACCGACGGCCACGUCGAGUACCAGUACGACGAGAGGACGGUGGGCUGGCAAAAGGUCAGGAUAGCCGGGUGCCGGGGCCGCCCGGGGCCGGAGCUGCCCACGCCCAGCCCCGUCCGUACCGGUGGCGCCACGGCCACCGAGACCGGCGAGGACGGCGGGCCGGAAAAGACGGGGGCGGGCGACGAUAACGGCGGUGCGGGCUUGUCGACGGGGCCGUCUUCGACCCUCGCUGCUGUGCUGUGCCUGGUGUGGUUUCUACUUCUCUGA